AUGGCUACCCUCAAUUCCCUGAAGGAGGCCCUUGGGCAACAAGCCACAACUACGCCGUCAUCCUCGAAGCAACAACUGUCCGACACACAGUACAGCGCUGGCUUCGAUAUCUUGGCUCGCGAGUCAGUAUACCAAGACUUCAUUAUUCCUCAACUAUCUCAGCUGCUAGCCCCUCUCUUCAACUCGCGCGUUCAUAUUUCGGUGCUAGAAAUUGGACCUGGCCCCAAGAGCGUACUCGGGUAUCUACCUCACAGUCUAAGACAGAAGAUCAAAAGAUACGCUGCCUUUGAGCCGAAUGACCUGUUCGCUACAAGAGUGGCAGAAUGGCUCUGUCCUUCCAUGGAGACAGAGUCCCCGCUGCCUUGUCUGGCAAGCCCGCCUGAUAUACAUCGAGCUCCAUUCGUUCUGAACAGCAACAUAGGGAGCGGUACCAGUACCGGUACCGGUAGUAGUGAUGAAAAGUUCGAUAUUGUCUUAUUUUGCCACAGCAUGUACGGCAUGAAACCCGAAGACAAGUUCAUUGAACAGGCACUGGAAAUGCUUGUCCAGAAGCCCCAAGGUGGAAUGGUGGUGGUUUUCCAUCGCGAUAGGACCCUGCGGCUAAACGGAUUAGUAUGCCAUCGAACAGCAUGCUUCCCUACCGGGGUUGUUCGCGUGCUAAAUGACGACCAAGUGUUGGACAAUUUCGCUGCGUUCGUCGCAGGGUUCGUCAUGCAGGAUACAGAGGCGGACAAGGCGACUCGAGUCGCGUGGCGUAAAGUGUGCCGCGCCUUGGGCCACCGUGAAGAAGCCCACCCAGGCCAUCUGGUGUUCAGCUCUCCCAACGUCAUGGUGGCCUUUACCAAACAUGCGACCACGUUGCCGGCGUUGACGGCGCGGGUGCCGUUGGUGAAGGAUAAGACGGUUAAGAACCGGGAGGCUUGCCUCCACGGCUCCGCUUCCAUUGUUAGGCCCACAGAGGUCCGGCAUGUCCAGCAGUGCGUUCAAUGGGCUCGGAAGCACGAGGUCGGUCUGACUGUCGUUGGCGGAGGUCACAGCGGCCAGUGUCUAUGGCCCAACGUCGUCUCGGUCGACAUGAGUGCCUUUGACCAAAUACACAUUGUCCCGGCUGGGAGAGAUGGAAGAGAAGCCAGCUCUGAUUCCGAUUCCGUGGUUGUCGUCGAGACCGGCUGCAAGGCGGGGGAUAUCGUCCGCAAAACCAUGGCGGCUGGCCUGACAGUGCCCUUGGGGGCCCGCCCAAGCGUAGGCGCAGGACUAUGGCUACAGGGCGGCAUCGGGCACCUGACUCGGUUAUAUGGGCUCACGUGUGAUGCCAUCAUCGGUGCCGUGGUGGUUAGCGUCGACUCUGGCGAGGUUCUCUGCAUCGGUCAUGUACCAAGCCAACACUGCCCGGCCAGUGCCGUGCGCCCAAAAAAUGAAAUCGACCUUUUAUGGGCGAUCAAAGGUGCUGGGACCAACUUUGGUAUCGUAGUCAGUGUUACCUUCAAGACAUACGUGGCUCCGGUCCACUUGGUUCGAAACUGGGUUCUCCCGCUGAAUGACAACCUCGAAGCACAGCGCAAACUGAGCGAUGUUGAUAAUCUCAUCGCCAGCAGGCUCCCAGGGAACUGUUCUGCAGAUGCGUAUUUGUACUGGGAAUUCGGCAAGCUGCAACUUGGCGUGACCAUGUUCGAGGCUUCCACGACUAGGCUUAUCUCGGAUACGUCCACGCCCAUACCUGCGCCUGUGGACGUAGACACAAUAUUGGGAGGGGAAGGCAAAUUCGAUGUCGUGGAUGGCGUCGGUUUGUUCGACGCCGAGAUGUACAUGUCCCAGAUGCACGGCGGGCAUGGUGGCUGCAAAACCUCUGCGUUUAAGCGAUGUAUUUUCUUGAAAAGGAUCGGAGCAGUGAACAUCACCGACAUCUUAACGACGGCCAUUGAGACUCGUCCCACGCCAUUCUGCUAUCUCCAUCUGCUACACGGCGGCGGCGCAGUCAGGGAUGUGGCAGCCGAUGCCACUGCUUUCGGUUGUCGAGACUGGGACUACGCCUGCGUGAUAACUGGCGUGUGGCCCCGUGACCAAGAUGGGACGGAGAUCGCCCAUGCUGCCGAGCGGUGGGUAUACCAAGUCGCCAGGGAUUUGUUGCCCGUGAGUAGCGGAGUUUACGGCGCAGACCUCGGGCCAGACCCCAGAGACGCCAUCCUGGCGCCCAAGGCUUUUGGUCCAAACCGGCAGCGCCUGGCUCGUCUCAAGCACUGUUCCGACCCGCAUAAUGUGCUGGCUUACGCCUGUACGCUCCCCAAAGUGCCGAUGAAACAGAGACUCACCAUUCUUGUCACGGGCAACAGUUGCGCUGGCAAGGACUAUUGUGCCGACAUCUGGGUUUCCGAGUUCCUCGCAUACAACCAGAAGAGCCUCACGGCACGCGCAGUUAGCAUUAGCGAUGCGACUAAGCGAGAGUACGCGGCAGCCACUGGUGCCGACCUGACCCGUCUGCUCUCGGACCGUGCCUACAAGGAGCAACACCGGCCAGCAUUGACGAAAUUCUUCCAGGACCAAGUGCUCCAUCGACCUCGGCUGCCAGAGGAGCAUUUCCUGAAUGUGGUGGACAGCGCUACAGAUGUAGACGUACUGCUAAUCACCGGCAUGCGAGAUGAGGCGCCGGUAGCAACCUUUUCGCAUCUGGUGCCAGACAUCAGACUGCUCGAAGUUCGCGUCCAAGCUAGCGAAGAGAUGCGGCGGGCUCGCGGAGGAUGCCGCGGCGGUGAUGACGAUGGUAACGAAAACAAGGACAGCGCCAAUGGCAAGUCGAGUCUGACGGCCCUGGACUACCACCCCGAUCUUAUCUUCCACAAUAAUACGACCGGAGACAAGGCAGCAAAAAGGUUCGCCGAACACUACCUGCUCCCCUUCUGCCACGAGGACCUGCAACGACUGGCCAAAAUGGUGCGCCAGAUACCCGACUUUCCACGCUCGGGUAUUGAGUUCCGCCAUGUGCUCGAUAUUGCUCAGCAGCCAGGUGGGCUGUCUCUCUGCACAUCUCUGCUGCAGUCUCACUUUGCCAGUGAUUGGGCCAAAGUCGAUGUUGUAGCGUCUUGCGAGGCCGGCGGCUUUAUCUAUGCGUCAGCGUUAGCCUCGCGGGUUGAUGUACCCUUGGCACUUAUUCGCGACGAGGGUAAGCUUCCCCCACCCACUAUUUCUGUUGGCAAGUCACCAUCGCAUGUCUCGGCUUCGGCAUCCAACGGUGUGAACGAGAAGAGGUUCGAGAUGGCUCGGGACUUGGUCCCCCGAGGCGCGUCAGUGGUGGUGGUGGACGAUGUGCUCGCUACGGGGAACACACUUUGUGCGGUACUGCAGCUCUUAUGGAAAGCUGGCAUCAGUAAUAAGGAUAUUACCGUUAUGGUUGUGGCUGAAUUCCCUGUUCACCGUGGCCGGGAACUUUUGCGGCAGCGUGGUUUUGGCGGAGUCAAGAUUCAAACCCUUCUGGUCUUUGAUGGUGCUUAG